CGCUUUAUUACUUUUGUUUUACACAGACAGGAAAGGAAAGCCUUAAGUUUGGCACCAAGAUUUUCCCUACACCAUCUAUUAGGGCAGUAUCAGUGUAUUAAGGAAGAUGACCAUCCUUCCUAUGGAGACAUGGGAAUUCCAGUUCCUCCUUUUGGCUGUAGCUUUUCAACAGCUCCAGAUGUGCAACAUGUUCUUGGUGUUGCCAAUGAAGAGGGAUUUGUUAGGCUGUAUGAUACCCACACACAACUGAACAACAAGAAAAUUGUUAAAGAAUGGCAAGCUCAUUUAAAUGCUGUGUUUGAUCUUGCAUGGAUGCCCUAUGAACACAAAAUUGUUACUGCUUCAGGGGAUCAAACUGCAAAAGUGUGGGAUAUUAAGACUGGUGAACUCUUGGGAGUAUGCAAAGGACAUCAGUGCAGUCUCAAAUCAGUUGCUUUUUCUAAAUUUGAAAAAGCUGUGUUCUGUACUGGAGGAAGGGAUGGAAAUAUCAUGAUCUGGGACACUCGAUGCAGUAAGAAAGAUGGAUUUUACAGGCAAGUCAAACAAAUAAGUGGUGCCCACAACAUCAUAGAUAAAACACCAUCCAAACUGAGGAAGAAAAAACAGAAUGUGAAAGGACUUGCACCCUCAGUGGAUUUCCAGCAGAGUGUAACAGUGGUACUACUUCAAGAUGAACAUACCUUAAUCUCAGCUGGGGCUGUUGAUGGUGUGAUCAAGAUAUGGGAUCUGCGCAAGAACUAUACUGCAUACCGGCAGGAACCAGUGCCCUCCAGAGUUUUCAGCUACCCUGGGAACAGUACCCGUAAACUUGGAUAUUCCAGUCUUAUUUUGGAUUCCACUGGUACCAAUCUAUUUGCUAAUUGCACUGAUGAUAAUAUAUACAUGUUCUGUAUGCCAGGUCUGAAGAAUAAUCCAGUGUCAGUUUUCAGUGGACAUCAAAAUUCCAGUUUCUAUGUCAAAUCCAGCAUUAGCCCAGAUAACCAGUUCUUAAUCAGUGGUUCAAGUGACCAAUGUGCCUAUAUCUGGAAGGUAUCUGAAUCACAAUUUCCUCCAAUGGUACUUCAUGGCCACCUGCAAGAGGUCACUUCGGUUGCCUGGUGCCCAUCUGAUUUCACUAAGAUUUCCACCUGUUCAGAUGACAACACUAUCAAGAUUUGGCGCUUAAGGCAAAGCACCAAAGAAAAGACCUGGACAGACAAAACCAGCUUGGUUGGUUGGACUGAUCAAAAGACAGUAGUAGAACAAAACAAAAUAGAAGUUCUUAGCAGCAGGCAUGGUACUCCACCUAAAGUUCUUCCAACAGGCAGCCCUCUUAUUUCUUCACCACAACCAGCUGCUUGUGCUCCAACUUAUACGGGAGAUCUUCCGCUUCCUACCAACACACCAACAUCAUCUUCUGCCACGACACCAAGCAUCUCAAUUUGCACCUUCACUCCUGCAAAGCAAAAAGUUACUUCAAGCACCUUAUCAAAACUAGUACUUCCUUCAACUACGUCCAUUCAACACUGGGUUACAAAGACUCCAAAUUCAUCUCCACCUGUAAGGGAAACAAAGAUAGCUUCUCCACAAAUAGCUGCAGCAGAUAUUCCUGACACUGCCUUUGCUUCCACCUCACCACAUCUGAGGUCAGAAACACGUGCCAAGAGAAGGUUAGAAUCAAGCAGGGAAGAAAAUAUGUGUCUCAAAAGCUGUAACUGUAUGACUGAACAUCACCCAGAGUCUAAGAAAUCCAGACAAGAACAGUUCACUUUGGCAGCAAGUUCAAAGCCUUGUAGAGGAGACUGCCUUACUCUUAAUGGAGAAGUACAGAAUAUUCAAAACUUGAAAGAGCCCUUUUCUCCUAGUAGUCCUUGUUCUUCUGCCACUUGUCUAAAUUAUCCACAUCUUAUCGAAACAUCUUGUGAGAAGAUGGUUGACAAGGAGAAUGGUUCUACUGACAGAAGAACCUGGCUGUCUGAUUUGGGAAAUAAACUCCGAACUAACAAGAUGAAUAACUCUAGUGGGUCAUCCUCAUCAUUACGGAAUCCAAGCACAAAACGAGUGGAAGCUAGAACAGGAGCUACAUCACCAGGCCCUGUAAAUUAUGACUACAAUAACAAUGAGGAAGAUUUGUACAUACUUCGAGCGAAAGUCACAAAAAAACUAAAGAACUAUGUUUUGAGUGUACCUUAA